AUGCUUGAUAAUAUUAUGAUGGCAAUUGGAUGGGCUGGAUCAUAACAGAUUAUUGCCAUAUCACUAUUGAGAUAUCUUAUUUUGGUUAAUAGCAAAGCACUUUAUUUAUCCUAAUUUUUAAUUCGAUUGGCUUGCAUCCUACUAUUUUUGAUAGUGUUCCUGAAUAAAAUAUUCCGUUUGCAGCACCCUCGAUUGAAUACUCCACAUUAAUUGGGCAGACCUUUCAGAUUUUCAUUUUCUUUGGUUUUCUUUUGUAGUCUCAUGGAAUUUGUUUCAAUAGCAAUGGCAGUUCAUUCAUUGAAAUAUUAUAGUAUCGUUCACUUUGCAGCUCUCUUCACUAUUUUUAAAUCCUUCUUUAGGAGUUGGAUCAAUAAUGUGACUCCAAUCACAGCUUUGGCCUCCUAUCUACUGAUGGGUUUGGGUUAUUUAUUGGAGGAUUGGAUAUAUUUUAUUCAUGGGGCUUCAUUUGAUAAAAGAUUCCUCGGAAUAAAUGAAAAAUUUGAAUGGAAGCCAUUAGUCAUGGUUAUAGCUGCAGCAGCCAGUCGAACUCUUGGAAUUCAAAUAUUCAAACACAUUCAAUUUUAAUAGUUAUUUAAAAACAAAGGUUUAGUGGAUAAGAUAUCCUGGGCCAACUAUAUAAACGACGAACCUGAAAAGAUUUAGAACAGUCUAGCUGCUGUGAAUGCUCUCUUUAGUCGAUAUUUGGAAGCACAAUUGAUCGUACAUUGCGAAUAAAACUCAAUACCGAUUCACUAGUUAAAAAGUGAUGCUAUUUUGGAACUCCUAAAUAGUUACUUCGAUAAUCAUUUAUCCUAUAGUUAUUAAUAUAUGGAAUAGUUUCAUAUCUUCAAUUUCAACAAAGAAGCCCUUGAUGACAUAGAUGCUUAUGCAGAAAAAGAUACUUUAUUAAGGAAAAUGAUUAAGCAAAGGAUCUUUACUAUUCAACUGUAACAUCAAUAAUUUAAAGAGUUAUUUGGGAUUGACAAAUAUUAAAAUCUUUCAUUUGAAGUCAUUUUUCAAGACUAUGGCAUUCAUGAGUACAUUUGGGAUGAAGAAACUCCAUUUAUUUCAUUGAGUAUGUAAUUUUUUCAAGGAAUCUUUUGUCUCAUAGCAGCAUAUUUUAAUGAAGAAUAAUUGUCUGAUUAUUUUUCACAGGGCUAUGAUAUUGGACUCACUUUGACUAAAAUAGAAUAUUAUGUGUGGAUUGCUGUUUUUUUGGGAAUUUUAUAAUUGGGAAAGAUAGGGGCCUAUAAAUUAAUAAUCUUAUGGGAAGUAUAAACAUACUUUUUUAGUGGUAUAUUCCUAGAACUUGGUAUCAUUUAUUUAACUAUGAUUUGGAUUGAAAACAUAACCUAUAUAAAAGUGCUUGGUCUUAUUAUUUCAUAUAUAGUAAUGUCAAUAAGUUAUCGAUCAGCUGAAAAAGUCAGAGAUUAAAAAAAUAAACUAUUUUAUUUAAAUUUUGUUAUUUUCUUAGUAAAAACACAAAAAUUUACAAAUAGAGAAGGCAGCCAUAUCAUUUAAUUGAUGACAUAAUGCUGUGAACAUUUGAGCUUAAAUGAAUUCUUGAAAGUAUUAUCCCAGAUGCUGUGUAUACAUGGAAUAGUGAGUUGUGAAUAACUAAGACACAUGAAAUUUAGUCAUUUUGGAGAGAGUCCCCUAUUCAAAUUCUAAAUCCCUUUCAUCUUUCAAUCUUAAUUGCGUUAUGAAAAUAACAUUGAAAAUGAUACUUUGAUUUAAGAAGAGGGUGAAAUAGAAUAGAUGCAAAAGUCUUAAUUUACUCGUUAUGUUAUUGAAAGCAAAUAUUAAGAAAACAAAUCAGAUAUAAAAUAGGGAAAAAAUGUUGGCAAUUCAAGGAUAUAAGUCAAAUCUGAAAUACAACCUUAAUAUUCUAAAAUCAUGUCAGAUCGAAAAUUAUCAGCAUCAGCGUAAAAGUCCAAAAGACAAUCGAUAUUAAAUUGA